GUAUGCGUCUCACGGAUGGCCGCUUCUUCGCCAACUGCGGGGGCACGCUCAUAUCCCGCCGCCACGUGCUCACGGCCGCCCACUGCUUCGACAACCCUGGCAUCGUCGAUCCGUCCAUCGUGAUCCUGGGCGACCACAACCUGCAGACGACCGCCGACGGAGCGACCCUCAGGAAUUCCGCAUCGCAGGCCGUCGCGGCAACGGAUACAACCGGCGAACCAGCGAGAACGACAUCAUGAUUCUCAUUCUGGAUCGGGACGCCUUUAUUAAUGGUGAGGGAGUGAGGGU